CGGGACGACCAACCGCCGGCCGUCCCCCGAAACCCCGCAAAAAUGGCGACCGCCGCCACCUUCCUGCACCUCCUCUCCCCGCCGGGCCUCCGCCCCAAGCCCAUCCCCCGGACCCGCCUCCGCCGCAUCGCUCUGUCCGUCUCCCCCUCGGCCCCCGACGAGACCCCAGCCGACGACCCGCCGGUCAUCCCCUCGGUCCUAAUCAAGAACAACGAGCCCGAGGACGUGGCCCGCCGCCGGAGCUGGGUCGAGCACGGCUGGGCGCCGUGGGAGGAGGCCAUGAGCCCCGAGGUCGCCUUCGCGCGCCACAGCCUCAACGAGGGCGAGGAGGUGCCGCUCACCUCGCCGGAGUCCCUCGAGGCCUUCCGCAUGCUCACCCCCGCCUACCGCGAGAAGGUGGAGUCCGAGCCCGGGUACCUCGAGCGCCUCUUCGCGAUGCGCGAGACGCCCGAGCCGGUCGAGACCGCGUGGGUCGGCCAGCUCCCCCUGCGGCUCGUGCCGCCGCGGGACUGGCCGCCGCCCGGCUGGGAGGUCGACCCGGACGAGCUGGCGUUCAUAAGGGAGGCGCACAGAGCGGCGUCGGAGAGGGUGGACAUGGAGGCCGCGGCCGCCGCGGGGGUCACGAAUGUGGACAAGGUGGAGGACGCGCCGCAGGAUUUGGCGCUGGAGAGGUACAAGGUGUUCUUGAAGCAGUACAAGGAGUGGGUGGACACCAACAGGGGCAGGCUAGAGGAAGAGUCCUACAAGUUUGAUCAGGAUUACUACCCUGGUAGACGAAAAAGAGGUAAGGACUACCGAGAAGAUAUGCUUGAACUUCCAUUCUUCUACCCUGGACAGAUAUGUCACGGUAAAGUGGUCUCUAUUCACCUCCACCAAGGAGCUUUUGUGGAUAUCGGUGGUGUUCAUGAUGGGUGGGUACCCAUAAAAGGGAAUGAUUGGUACUGGAUCCGCCAUCACGUCAAACCUGGCAUGAAAGUCUAUGUGGAAAUUCUGGCCAAACGAGACCCAUAUCGUUUUCGCUUCCCACUUGAGAUGCGCCUUGUAUAUCCUAACAUUGAUCACCUAAUAUUUAAUAGGUUUGACUUUCCGCCAAUAUUUCACCGAAAGGAGGAUACUAACGAAGAGCAGUUGUGGCGUGAAGGUGGAAGGCCGCCCAUUCCUAGGAAAAAGCCUUUGGAAGACAUGGAAAAAGAACCAUUGGUGUCGGACCACCCCUUUGUUGAAACGCUUUGGGAAUGGCAUAAUGCAGAGCAGAUGAUUUUAGACCAUGAGGAUGACAAUCCAGAUAAAUUCAGGGAUACAACAUACGAGUCAACAGUUGAUACGUCUUCAUUCGACGAAGGAAGCAGAGUUCAAUACACUGAAGCACCUUACAAAGAUUCAAUGCUUAAAAAGAAAGUUGUGAAUGUAAAUAUCAAGGAACUUGAUAUGGAGGCUGCUCGUGCUGAGCGUAAGGAGAUUAAAAAGCUUAUGGAGGAAGCACGGGAAAGGGGAGAGGAGUAUAAAGUUGACAAAUUCCGACGUAACAAAGAAAUGGACGAGUAUGAUCUGCUACAAUGGCGUCGUUCUUACGAAGAAAGGGAAGCCCUCCUCAGAGACAUAUGCUGCCGGAAAGCCCUCGGUCUCCCCAUCGAGGAGCCCGGGCGACAUGACGUGGACGAGACAGUGGUGUACGGCAAGGACUACUACGACGAGUCGAAGCCGAUGUACAGGUACGACUACUGGGGCGAGCCGAGGAACACGGAGAAGACGAAGCUGGAGCGGGAUGUGGAGCGUCACAACCAGACGAUCAUCGGGGACGCGAAGAAGUGGUGCGAGAUGCCGUACGAGGACUAUGUCCGGAAGAAGACACUGAUGGAAGCCGCCGAAGCCAGGGAAAGGCGGAGGAAGGCAGAGGAGCCACCUGAGGAGGAGGAGUACGACGACGGGAUGGACCUCGACUUUGAGAAGAUGACCGAUCCUCUCGCCCCGCACAACCGGUACUACAUCACGAAAUGACCAGUUAUGUUAGGCGUAGCCUUAGAGCGUUAGACGUAGCUGUUUUUGUUAUGUUGUCAGAGAUGUGAAUAUUUGGUAGCUUGGUGCCUGUUGAAAAGCUGUGAUUUUGACACUUUGUGGUCUGUGAUGAUUUCCUGAUGGAAUGCAAAGCAGGGACAAUGUCAAAACAGGGCAGCUUGACUGGUUUUAGAAUGGAUCCCACUUCGACU